AGUGAAGUAGACAUCAGAUUAUUCAUGUGCUCCACGUGCGGACAUUUUGCGGAGCUUGGCGCAGAAGAGUAUGGGACGUCUGUGUGAUAGAGAUUCGUGAGAAGGGUUCAGUUUUCUUCUCACAUGGUUCGUCUAGAUGUGCGCGAGCAAUUUUGCCCUGAAGAUUAAAUUCUUGCCUGCUGUUUAGGGGGCAACGAUGUUUCAGGUGGAGCGCUGGCUGGGAGAAAGUCGGAAGCGUGGAUCUCCAUUACUAUUAGAUCGUUUGAAUGCCAGAGCUCGGGAGCGGGCUGCUCUGCUUCCGCUUAGAGAGAAAGCGGAAGGUUCUUCUCCAGGUGACAGGGAGAAAGUCUCGAACAAGGAUUCUGAUCCUGCACUGAGUAGAGAUGAAAGCAAGGAGGGAGCCUCAGAGGUUGUGGUUGAGGAAGAAUCUAAUGCAGUGAGCGAAAUUGAACCUCAUACUGGGCGAAAAAAGCGAUAGCAACAUCAGAAACACAAGGCAGAAUUGGCAACCUUGAUUGACCAGGAAGCUCCUGAUUCUGCUAUAAAGGUCAAAAAGCUCAAGAAGCUGAAAGUCUCGGAUACGACUGAAGAACAUGUAUUUCCUCUGGAAGCUCCUGCUUCUCCUGGAACGGAAGAACAGGAAAGGAAGGUGAACGAUACUUUAACAAGUGAAGAUAAUAUAGAGCGAGCGGAAGAGAAUUAUGCAGCCGACAUCGACAGAAGUGUCCCGGAGCUGGUUGAAUUUCAAGUGUCCAAUUUGGAGAAGAAACGAAAGAAAGAAAAGAGGUUGAAGAUACGAAGAGGGGGCAAUCUGGAACCAGGUGAUGAACUGGUUAACGCAAGAGGCGUAUCUGGAGAAAUGGUGGCCCUUGGAAACAGAUCAAUGAAGAGGAGCCUAACAGUAAGUCCCUAGGGGUUCCGGAUGAGGAGGAGGAGCAUGUAAUUACAGAGAACACUGACGAGUUGAACGCACUCGGAGCGGACGAUACUUCUCGGAAUGAACCUGAAUUUCCACAAUUGAGAGGGAUGUGGAUAGAAUCAUGGGUCGUGAUGUUAAUUUGGUUCCAGCAGAGUCGCAAGACCACGGGCCGGUGUUGCCAUGGAUGCGUGAUCCGCUUGAUAUUGAUGCCUACAAGGCCACCUCCCCGAGACAAGUGCCUGGCUUGGACACCAGGUAGCCUUGCCGUCCGUCCGUUUGUAAUCAUCUUCUAUCUGCCCGGCACUUGAAGUUUGUCUCGAUGUCCAGCCGAUGAUUCUUGGUGCGUUUCGAGUUACAUUGCAGACUUCAAGAUGCUUUCGAUGCCAGGAAUACAGUCGUUGUUUCCGGUACAGAUGGCCGUGUGGCACGAGACUGUGGGCCCUGGUUUUAGCGAGCGAGAUUUCUGUGUCAGCUCGCCAACAGGCAGUGGCAAAACACUAUCUUACGCAUUACCGAUCGUCCAAAAGUUAUCGUCUCGGGUGAUUCGUCUUCUUCGAGUUCUCGUAGUGCUCCCGACCAGGGAUCUAGCUGCGCAGGUGAGAAACUAUCCAAUUUGAUGGACUGCAAACAAGAUCAUUAAGACAAACUAGUUACUCAAGCUGUGCGGAAAUGGUUUCUUCCAAGUCUAGUCGCCAUUCACGGUCGGGUAAAGUACAAUUUCGAGGUGAUUCAACAUAUCCAAUUCUGUGAGUGGGGAGUCCCAACUCACAGAAUUUCGUUUAGUCCCAACUUGGGACAAAACGAGAUAGUUUAAGAAGGCAAACAAUUGGAAGUCUCUCUGUCACUUGGCGCCGUGAAGCAGAACUUUGGGGGAGCUAUGGGACACCCAGCCUAAGCCUCACUUUCUUACGUUGCUCCAAAAUUGGGAAGUGAAUGGCCGAGCUGUGGCAGAGGAACAAGACAGGGCACAUCGUGUGGCAUCGGCAGCAGGACCCAUUGAUCGCUGGUAGCGAGUGCACGCGUGGUGUCCGAAAAGCGACCCGUUGCCGAACUCGCGCCCUACACGAAGACGGCAGGACACGAGCGAGCAUGAGGGUAAAACACGAAGGCGCAGUCCACUGUCGACAAGCGACGGUGGGCAUUUUUACCUCGUCCCAGGUGUCACUAGGGCUGGAGGCACGACCUCAAAGGGCAUGUCCAGGUAGUGUUGGAGGCACAACCUCAGAGGUCAUGCCCCAGGGCGAGGGUAGGCCUCGUUCGCAUUCUUCCCUAUAAGUACAUUAACAAAUACGCUAAAUGUACGUAUUGUAAUACAGGCAUGCCUUGUGACCUUGAGAGUGGGGCAUGGGCAUGCCUCAAAAUGUUUUGACGUGCCUCCAACUCUAGUCCCAGGGUGAUUCUCGUUCGCAUAUUUCCAUGAAUUCAUAGAUGUAUGUACAAACAAAUUAAUAUUUAUAUCUAUAACUUUUUAGCAAUUUUAUUUCU